AAACACUCUGGUGAAAGAAAGCCUUCUCUACCGCCAUCUUUCUUCCGUUACCUCCCUGCAUUUUGUGCCCUCUCGGAUUGACUCCGUUGGUCCCAUUGUGGGUGGUUCUCACCUUGAUUACUGUUCUUGUUUCCGUUUACUCCUUCUAGUUCUCUGAAUAUAAGACGAGAGAUUAAGUUAUUGCUUGAAUAUGCCGCUGGGUCUGUUAACGGGGAUCGGAAGGGCAUUUCGGAGGAAGCGGACUUCAUCGCUGGACAUCCUCUCGUCAAAGCGUGCCCCUCGUAAUUACUAUAAGGGCAAGAAUUGCAAACCUAUGGGUUUCCACACUCGCAAAGGUGGGUAUGUUCUGAUGCCAGAGAAACUACCAAACUAUAUUGUUCCUGAUUUGACAGACUUUGAGCUCAUGCCAUAUGUAUCACAAGUUGCAACUGAAGUCAAAACAACCGAGGCUUCUGAACCGGCUAAAUAACCAGACAAAUUGGGCGGAGGCCUGAUAUUUCAUUAUCAGUCAUUGAAAAGAUGUCUAAUGAUGUUUGGUGAUCUUGAAGGGGAGAGUGACAUAGCAGUCAUCACAUAUGUUCCUGUUCUAUGAAGAACCAUCAACUGAUUACCUGCUUAAUGAGUACGUUUCUUUGAUAGCAUAUGAUAUUUGAACAUGAUCUUUUGAAACCCUGUAUGGUAGAGAUCCAUAGCCCAUGAUCAAUUGAUUAUAAAGUAUCCAACAGGCCAGACGCCGAAUCAUGGAUCUUGGAUCUCUGAUUCAUCAUCAUGCCAUCGCUUAGCCUUGUCUGAAAUGUCAAAUGUUAUGAACUCAAUUCAUUUUGCAAAUAAAUAGAAUAUUGAAUGAACAUGAAAAUUUGA